CUCGUGGCGCCCCGCAGCGGCGUUAUUUUUAAACUUUUGCAUUCCCAGUCGUAAGAAUACCGGCUUAUCGUAUGUCACGAUUUCCUAAGCUAUGGAGGACAACGAAGAUGAGCCCGAGGACGUCAGAAAAGCGACUCCGGUCGAAGGAGAACUUAAAAAAGGAGCCGUCGACGAGGAUUCUGGAGAACCCACGAAGCUUCCUGAGACUCGGAAAAAACAGCACCACUGUCAACCACCGCCUAAAAAAAAACUCAAGGAAAAAUCGGAAGGUGAAUGUUGUCGAGCCAGGGAAGCUAAAAUUAAGAAAAAAGAGCCAAAAACCAUAAAAGUUUGGGUGUACGAAAAGCCAUGCGUUUUGCCGAGAUUGAAACCUGUUCCCCGGCACUGCAUAUCCAAAAAAGAAUGGCUCGAAAUCCUCGCGAAGCCCAGUCCAAGAUGUCCGUCACCGUGUCUUAAAAAACAAGUUACGAGAAGAGUGAUUCCGCCUUCGGCUCGAUUCAUCGAACUUGGCCAGCCCCCGAAACAACGCUUGUUGAAUACUCUGCAAGCCAAGGCUGGUAUUUUGCCAAUCGAAAUGGUCGACAGAUUGAUCCAAAGGCUCGAAACCGAGACUUGUCUCACUCCAGAACAAGCAGAAAAAAUGUUUCACGACAAAGAAACUUCGAAGAAGAAAUGUCCCAAGGGUAAAAAGAGCAAGUCGAAAUGCGGGAGUGGAAAAUCGAAGAAUCUGGAGACGGGAAUACCCGGAAGUGUGUCUCCGUUCGACAGAGAUGCGGUCAAUUGUCAAUAUGCGAUGGCGGAGAGUUUUGUGAAAAGUAUGCUCGAGUGGGAAUGUCCGAUACCUCGUGAAGAAUUCAAGGACAUUGCGGGCGUGAUAAUGAAGCGUUUGGGAUAUUUACUCGAGUACGAGUCGAUCAACGGUGAGGACCGGAAAUCUCAGCAAAUGAGAUUUCUGGCGGACGUGAUUGGCUCUUGGGUCUCGGGGGUUUUGUUCGAAGUCGCGGAAACUCGUAAAGCAGAAUUGGAGGAAGAGUGUGAAAGAAGGAAAAAAGAAAAAGCUGAGGAAAGCGAGGAGGAGAGUGAGGACGAUUCGGGAGAUGAUUAUCCAACGAAAUGGGAUGACGACGACGACGACGACGACGACGACGACGAGAGGCCGGACGAUGCUCCGAAACCGGAGGACGGAACAGAGGAAAAACCUGAGAAAAGACCGGUCUCCCGUUCGUGGGGUUUCCGACCGAGUAAAGAUAAAAAUAGAAAAGACGACGAGGAUAAAGGCUCCAAAGGAACGCCACCGAAGAAAGGGAGCGGGGAGUCGGAAAAGGAGAGCUUCGACGAUGGAAAAAGGAAGAGCAGUGAUUCCGAGAAAUUCUACGACGCGCGAACAGGAGAAUCUCAAGGAAUUGAGGAAAAAAAAACUCCGAUGAAAGAACCGGCUGAAGGGAGUCCGAGGGAUGUAACGUCGGGAAAACCUCCCGAUGAGAAGGACGGCGAGAAGAUUACGAGUGAAGAUGAAAAAGGACUGGAGGCCACGAGAGGCGACGAUGAGCGGCUCAAGACGGACGAGAAAAGUGAAAAAAUCGAUGGCUUCGAGCCGGAAAAAAUAGAAGGGAAAGAAAAAGGUCUUGGCGCGGAGGAUUUCCCGGUUCAGCCAACCGAAGCUACUGAAAUACGAGAAGACGAAAUUCCGAAGAAAAUCGAUGAAGGAAUCCCACCGGAGGCUCAACGGAUUGAUGAUCAAGAACGAAAACACUUGGACGACGUUGGAUCGCCUGAAGUCCCAAAAACUAUGGUCGACCCGGAGGCAAUUCCCAUUAGCGUGGAUGCUGCGUCAGCAUUGUCAGCCACGAGAGAACCUAUCGCUGUAGAAACUGAAGUACCGGAAGUGGAGAUUGAACUCCCGAAAACGGACGCAAUGCGAUCAAAAGAGAAAACGUCGAGCAACGACAAGAAACCAACGGAACCGAAAUCUGAAAGCGUCAAAAUGGAUGCAUCAGAAAAAGCAUCGGAACCGCCAGAAACGCUUGCACUCGCACCGGAAGUCGCUGCGGAUACGGCGAUGCAGUUGGAUGAAAUGCAACAAGUUCCACAAACGUCGAUUGCCGAAGAAAAGCCGAAGGCAGUCGAAGCCGAAACUGAUAAAGUUUUUGCCGCCGUUCCAAUACUGGGCCACGAACAAGAGAUUGCAGAAACGCAACCGGAAGUGGCGGCCAGCACGAUAGCAGUGCCCGGCAAGGACCAAGAGACUCCAACAGUCGCGAUCGGUAACGAAGGAAUAACGGAAAUUGGAGCUCAAGCUGAAAGAAUGGCGGUGCCAUCUACGAAAUUAGCUACCGUACCGGUAGAGGCUGAGACGAAACCGGAAGUGAUUGCAUUGGGACGAGAACCGGCGGAAGAAGCGAGACCAGAGGAGCCCUCAGCAGUAAGCGGGGAGCCUCAAACGAGACCGGAAAUGACAGAACCGAUACCAGAAUUAGCGGAUACAAGACCGGAAGUGCCUCGAUCGAGACCGGGAUCGACGCCAGAAGCAGAGUCAAAGAUCGAAGAACUGAAAAAGAUCCCGGAAGUUUCUGCGCUUGCAGUUCCAACGAGUGAACCUCGGGAAGAAGCCAAACUGUCCGAAACAGACGAAGAACGAAGAAAGAUUCUCGACACUUCGAGAAGACUUUCCGAUGGGGCGGACGAAUCAGAGAAAAAAUUGGAGAAGAAAAAACCCAAAGAGUAUCCACUCGGCGAUGAUGUGUUCGACAAGAAGUUUCGUACCGACACGCCUUUCGUUACUUUCGACAAGAUAUUUCACACGAUUUAUAACGCUAUUGAGAACAACGAAGAAAACCGUGGAGAUGAUCUAAUCACCAAUCGCAUACACCGGGCAGUCUAUGAGAAAUGCUCGAACAUCGUGCGGGAAGAGAAGCCAGGCCCGCUCUCUCCGGUGACGAAAGACGUGCUCGAAGUGAUGUCCGGAAAAAUAGCAAUUUGGUUGAGGAAUAUUCUGACCGAGUCCGAAACGAAUUUCGUCGAGCAAUAUCCCGCGACUGUCGAAUCAACGGAAGUUCGGGAAUGGACCAGCUGGAUCAGUUUUGUUUCCAACGCCGCCAAUGACUGGUCCAAUUGGAUACAAAAUACUAUCAGAGAAGCCGAAGGUCUGAGCAAUCGACCAAUUACCAGACGGGAUUGGACCAAUUGGACCGAAAAUGUCGAUUCCGAUGCUCUCAAAUGGCGACGCUUUUAUCUCGAAUCUCUUCAGCAAGGACGUCAAAAUGUCACUAUGAUUCGUGAUCGGCGAGUCGUUAAAACUGGCACUCAACAAUUUCACGAUGUCAACGAUGAUGCUGAAAAGGAAGUCAAAAUCACUGACCUGGAAGUCGAAAAACGAAAUCCUGAUCGUCCUACAUAAUUUACCAUCUUGGCGAGUAAAUAAAACAAAUUUUUUUCAUUUAAAUAAAUUCGUUUUUUCGAGUUGUUUUUCACAGUUAAUUUC